ACACCCUCGUCGCGAUCUGUCCACUUCAUUUUUUUUCACUCCGACCAACCCGUCAUCCUUUAAAGCGCGCGAUAUUCCGUUGGAAAAAAGCGACGCGGUAUCCUUCGGCUAGCAUCUGACAGCGCCGCUUUUGUAACCGGGUCAGUCGAUAGUCUCGUCUUGUAGUGUUUGUGCGCGAGUGUUAGUGGUGGAGGUAGCAGGGUGAAUCGCGAAUAUUUUACGUGCACCUCGAGGAGGAGAGGUUCGUUACGGAGGGCCGUUUCCGAGGAUGGCACGCGAGUUGGUCGUUCCUACGGGGAUGCGAGACAUCGAUCGUCCGUGAUAAAAGGCGACCGAUGCUACAAAACUGAUGAAAGUUUUGUGAUUCAGUUCCUGUUUUAUAAUCGUGAUGAGGAUUUUAUACGGUGCCUGUUUCUCGAUGACUUUCCGCGAAGACGCGUGCUGCGUAUGCCAUGGAGAACCAACGUAGAGUUAAACGAGAGAGUAGACUUUAUGAAGGAGGAGAAAAAAUGAGCCUCUUAACGCGAGGAUAGAUUGUUUCGAGUGCGGUUCAUCCGUCAGACUCGGAACGGGUACGAAGAAGCGGACAGCCAGGUUAAAGAAGAAAGAAUAUAAGAGGGACAAAAUGAAAUAAAAUAAAAUAAACUAAAAUAAAAUAAAGGGGAAAAAGUCAGGCGGAAAGCCUUGGCGAAUAUCUUGCUUUCUCGAAGGAUCCCGCGGUUCGCGUGUAUUUCAAGUGGGCGGAUGCCGGUGUCCACGCCAAGGACACGUAUCCUCGGGGCGCGAGAGAGCGGAGAACAAUGAGGAUUUCAGCGUGGAGGCUCGCGAGGAUGCCGUGUCGGGAAUGCAAACUCCAUAACGUCUCGUGUCGGUCGUGUUCCUCUUGGUCGUCGUUCCCGUUGAGCCGCGUCAACGAAAGCUAGCCGGGACCCGGCUCGGCCAUUCGACCGAGAGGAAAGGCGGUGCGCCUCCGCGUGGGAAUAAAUCGAGCGGCCAGGGUGACACGGGAACGAAAAGGAGAGAAGGAGGUGAAACGGGACGAAAGGAGCCGCGACUGUGCAGGACGAGGCACGAUAAAAGAGAGGCUAACGAGCCGAACAGGAUGAGUCACUUCGACUGGAAGCUGCUGCGCCGGAAGAAGGUGAUACCGGCGGAGCGUCGCGUGCCGGAAAAAGAAGAAACCUGGUCCCUGGCACCGGACCAAGACUCGUGCACCUUCUUCGACGAAAUCCCCGACUCAAAAUCGAAAGCAGCGCAAGAUGUCGAUGGUGGGCAGUCGAGAAUCGUGGGAGAAUCGGUUCCCGGCGAAAGCAACGAGAACCCAGAAAGUGGUACUCUACCAAGGAGCCAGGAGACUAGAAAGAGCAAGACGAAGAAAGUAAAAAGUUAUCUAAGAAAGUGUAAAGGCGCGUUGUCGAAAGGUGACGAGGGUAUCGCCGAGAAGAAACGUCAGGAGCACUGUACCUCUUGGUACCUCGACGAAUCCCGCGUUCACCAGGAGGACACCGAUGUUCUACCAGAGAAAUAUACCGAAUCACGGGACCAGAGGGUCGUGGAAAGCGAAGAAGUUCCGGUUCUCCCUGUAGACGAAGAUGAUUCGACUCUGCGAGUAGAUAGCGAUCCUUCGACGAAUCUGAACAAGGACGACGUUCUUGACGAGACCGUAGAUGAAGAUUUAUCGAGGUUAACGGAUGAUGAUCGAAGGAAUCAGCUGAAAAGAAGUCGAACCUCUCUGUACGAGGAUGCCAAGGACUCGAUGAACGAUCAGUGCACGGUGGAGGAAAUUUCCGCGUCGAAUAAAAUGGAAGGGUGCGAGAGGAACGACGCGGUUUCCCUCGAGACGCUGACCACCGAGGACACGAACUUGAACAAGUGCGAUUCAAACGACACACUGAUAGCUGAAGUGACGGAUACGGUGAUCGUCGAAUCGAAUAGUUCAUCGGCUGUGGAUGGUGAGCAGGAAAAGGAGAAAGAGUCGCGCGACGAAGGAACGGACAGUGAAAUCCUGCCAGCUUUGUCUCUGCCUGGGGAUCGCAGAGACGUCGCUUCGUUGGUCCGGAACUUGCUCGGCCCGAUCUACGGCGAUGGCGUUAUCAAUUUGCUGAUAAGACAAGCCCGGGAUAUCCUGGUGUGCGCUUAUCACGGCAACUUGGAGAACUUCCUCAGGACUUAUCUGUCACCGGCUGCAUCGUUGCUCGCGGAAGUGAAGACCGUCGCCUCCGAAACGGAUAACGAAUCGGUGGUACCGGAAGGCUGGCCUCUGACGUUGGGCAGACGUGGCCUCGUGUUACAGCUAGGAGAGCUCGAAGCCUCCGCGCUACGUCUCGGGGAAUGUUACCUCUGCAUACGCAGCGCAGCUGCAGUUGCAACCACCUUGGGGAGCGGCGAAGCAGCCGCUGGUGAAACCGUCGAACGGAAUACCGUCGAGAUCGCAGUAGUUUGGAGAACGACGUCGAUGAGGGCACCAGGGUUCCUCGGCUGGGACCGCGAGGAGGAGUUCAUGGACUGGCGGGAGGUGUCUCGAAAGAGGCAGGGGAACUCGAGCGGGACGAGUAGCAGCUUGGUUGGGCCGCAAUCGUCGAGUUCCUCGAAGAGUAUGAUGCGGCCACGGCGAAGAUCCCGGGAGGAGACUCGGAGACCGCGCGAGCCAGGCUGCGUGUUGGAGCAUCGCCGAGAAGAGACGCGAUCGAUAGACAGGUUGGAGUACAAAAACUCGAACGAAGCUUGCACGGUGGACGGCGAGGUCGAAACUGGUCACGCGGUGAUGAAGUCCAGGUCGACGUCGAGCAUGGACACGUGGAAAGCCGGGUUGGACGGUGAUCUGAACGGAAUGCCGAUCAGACCCAGUCCAAACAACUCUUCUAGUCUUUCUGGCGACGAUGGUCGCGUCAAAGUGAAGAGGUGUGCCAAAGUUGUCUCCUCGACGACCAUGGAGAAAUGGAAGGAGACGACUAGGUGCGACACCAGAAGCAAAACCCUCGUUCCCGAGGACUUGAAGACACCUUUACGAUUGGACCAAGCUGUUCUUGGUCCGAAAGAUGGAAAGGGGUUUGGUGUUGGGGAAGAUAGACUGCAAAACGUGCGACACGUGGACGAGGUCUGCGACGACGAGUUACCAGCGUUCAUUGGUAACCUCCUGGUCUCCGUGGAGAGGAAGAUCGAGAGGGUCUCGCUAGACGACCUCACGUUUCCUUGUCCAGCCUGCAGGAACAUCGACACCGACGAUCCGUUGCUUGGCUGCAGGUGCGCCGGGGAUGAAUGCGGCUGCGGAGCUGGAGAGGACACUUGCGACUGUUCCUCCUCGAUGAAGACGAGGACGGAGCAGUCGGCCAAGAGCUUCGAGAUCGCGGGCAUCAAGCACAUCGACAGCGACGACGAGGAGGAAGUUCGGAUGGGUUUCGGAACGAAAAAGAGAGUCGACGACGUGGUAGCGCCCAGGACCAUUCACGACAUACCGGAACACGUUCUCACGUGUGGCCUCACGCUUCCUGGCUACACGGACGCGAAUGGCAGAUCCGUUCUCGAGUUCGAGGAUGAACCAUCCAGAAGGGAGACUCUCUCCGUUAAGGAAGUGUCGUCGUUUCUUCUCUACCUCGCUCGUUUGCCCAGUACCGAAAGCACGAAGAACGGAUUCACCCUGUUGGUUCGUGGAAACGCUCCCGAAUGUCUGGAGUUCCUGGACAAAGUUCUGUCUCUGGUGCAGGGACGAGUCAAUGUUUCUCAGGCAUUGUUUUCGCAGAGUUUCGUGGCUGAGCACUCGACCGAAUCUCAGUUACCUUUGAGCCACGUUAAGACGAUUGCGAUGGACGAGCAUGCUUUGAGAGAACGCGUUCCCAGACGAGAAAACCCCGACCAAGCGCAAUGGAUCGCAUUCUAUAAGGAGUACGACAGCCUAAUGACAGAAUGGCAAGCAGCCGGUCGCAGACUAGCCUUGGAGAUGUCCGAGCUGAAGGAAUGCAGCAGCCUGUCCGGCGCGUUGACGCCUCUCGGUCGUCUGCUCACGGACCCCACGUUAAGAAGAACAUCCAGAGACGCGGAGGAAGCGAUCUCUUUGCUGGAGGAACGUGCUUCGCCAUUGUUGCACCUUGAGCACAUUAGAUUGGCGGUGAAACGAGCACGGAGAUUGGUCGAGGAGGUCGGGAACGCCGCCACCAGGUUGGAAUCGUCGUUCGAAUCGCGACGAGCGACCAUCCGGAAUCUCGCGGUUCUCAGGAGUAUCGAGGACCAAGCGCACGAGGUAUUAUCCUGGUUGUGCAAAAAAGGCGAGGAUAUACUGUCGAAGCACGCUCAACACUUGGCGACGAAUUUAACAUCGGCUCGACUUCACGAAAGGGAUUUCGAAAAGUUCUAUUUCACGUCGAUGAGACAUCUUGACAAAGGAAGCGACCUUGCCGAGGCGGCGAGUGCGAGCGGACUUCGCGAACUCGCGAGAUCCUUGAAGCAGCACCUUCGAGGUUUCGGUUCCCGCCUCGAGGACAGGCGCGAGUAUCUCGAAGACACGUCGAGAUGUUGCCUGCUUCAGGAUCGGGCAUACGAGUGGGCCCAGGAGGCUCGUCUCGCUGGCGAGAGGGGGGCCCAACAAUUCCUGAUGGCCAGACCACCCCUGCCGCCCGAGCAUUUCACGGAAAUGAUGGCGCUUGCCGAGAAACUCGGUAACGAGAUCCUUAUAGAACAAUGUCGUAUCGCAAGGAACAAGUGUGCGGAAGCUCUCGAGAUGACAAGAACCACUUCCGCCCCCGGCAGUCCUGCCAGAAGAAGAUCCUUCGCCGCCUCGGAAUCCGCAGCGUCUUGGGAGGACAGUUUGACGAAGAGAACUUCAUGGGAUGACAGCGACAGCAGCGCAUCGUACGCCUGUCCCAUGGAAAGCGUAGGAUCCACAGGAAGCGGCGGUCGACCGGUGCUGGACAACAUCGCCGAGCUUCGGGAGAGCGCUGAACAGCUGCUGGAUUGCUCUCCUCCUCGAACACCUCCGCGAAGUCCUGCUCCGCGACGACUAGUGAAGCCACCGGUGAACUCUCACCUCCACAGAGCUGCUAGCAUCGCUCCUGGAAUGAAGGCGAAAAAAACAAUACUGCUUAUAAUGAGGGAAAUGAUACAGACCGAACGAGACUACGUCAAGUCGCUCGAGUACAUAAUAGAGAAUUACAUCCCGGAGUUGGUACGAGAGGACAUUCCUCAAGCCUUGAGGGGUCAACGCAACGUGAUCUUCGGCAACGUGGAGAAGAUCUACGAGUUCCACAGUCAGCAUUUCUUACGGGAAUUGGAACAGUGCGAGCAAUCGCCGAUGAACGUGGGACAAUGUUUCCUUAGACACGAGAAAAAGUUUUAUCUUUACGCGCUGUACAACAAGAACAAACCAAACUCGGACUCUCUGAUGGCCGAGUACGGUACCGUCUUCUUCAAGCAGAAGCAACUCGAGCUAGGCGACAAGAUGGACCUCGCUAGCUACCUGCUGAAGCCUGUUCAACGAAUGGGGAAGUACGCGUUGCUGUUGCAGCAGCUGGUUAAAGCGGGUACCGAUCUCUCGGAACAAACGUCCGGUAAGGAAGAGAAGGAGGAGAAGGAAGACGGUAUGAAGCCGAUGGUCGAGGGCGAGGCGGAUUUAAGGGCGGCCGAGCAGAUGGUACGGUUCCAACUGCGCCAUGGAAACGACCUACUGGCGAUGGAUUCUCUUCGUGAUUGCGACGUGAACGUAAAGGAGCAGGGUAGGCUACUGCGUCAAAACGAGUUCUUGGUCUGGCAGGGUAAAGGCAAGAAGUGCCUACGACAGGUGUUUCUGUUCGAAGACCUUAUCCUCUUCAGCAAGGCGAGAAGAUUCCCCGACAGAAAGAACCUGGAUAUUUACAUUUACAAGCACAGCAUCAAAACGACGGACAUCGGAUUGACUGCUGUGAUCGCCGACUCACCCACGAAGUUCGAGAUUUGGUUCCGCAAGAGGAAACCAGGCGACACGUACACGCUGCAGUGCGCAAGCGAGGACAUUAAGAAAGCUUGGACAGAGGAACUGAGCAACCUUUUAUGGAAACAGGCGCUGCGAAACAGAGAAGUGCGCCUGGCAGAGAUGUCGAGCAUGGGCAUCGGAAACAAACCUUGUUUGGACAUUAGGCCUAGCGCGGAUCAGAUCAAUGACCGCUCUAUCAGCGUAGCUCAACUCUCGAAAACGCCUAGAUUCAGAAACUCGAUAGCAGUAUCCAUGUCAGAGGACUCGGGUCGCUGCAGCAGGAGGCCUCACAGUGUCAUCUCUGUGAGUUCUUCGUCGAGUAGCGGUGGUAGCAGUGGCCCUCCCACGACGUUGAACCUCGGUUUGGACACGAGUCCCAGACCGCAUCAUCGUAGCACCACCCUCAACAGUCAGUGCAGCGUUGAAAGCGGUAUAAUAGCUGAUAUCUCGAUCGUCUCUGACGAUGGUGGCGAUGGUACCGAGAGGAGUCAUUGGAACUCGACUUUAGAGAGCCCCACGUCCCAUCUGCCGACGACGUCCACGCCUCUCCAAUCGCCGACCAGCGCAACCGCGACCGGAACAGUUACCUCGGCCACUUCGUCCGAAAGCAACCUCACACCUUACGACCAAGACAUGUCCAUUAAUUUAUAAACAUCGUCCCUGAAAAGGACGGCACCUUUGAUUACAGCUAACAGAGUAUAAUAUUGUCGAUUCACUUGCGAGUUGUUAGACAGUGAAUAUACACAGUGUGAUUCAAUCGUGUGACAUACAAUUCAAUGGAUAAUGACGAUGAUGUCCACAGCAGUGUGUACCGAGUAGAUAAUAUAUAUUAGAGCGAGUAUUUUCUUGAGCAAUCGUAGUUCCACGAAUGAGCCACACAAGGUACGAGACGAGUCUCGCAUAAUGCCGUACACAGUGUCCGACCAGAUCGUUGCAUUUACGCUUAAUCACGUGAGUUCCGUAAACGAACAAUCUGUUUACAAACCAUUGCCACGGUACGCAAUUGUUGUUUGUUCAGUGUUCGAACUAGAAUCGGGUUAAUACGCACUCGUAGACUGGUAUUUUCGAAGAGAGCUCAACUUUCAAGUGAAUUUUAUCUUUUGAUACGCUUCGAUGUUUUCAUUGAUCUGCGCGCACGAUCGCGUAUUUUAAUAGUUGUCACGUCUGGAUUUGAUAAAAAAUGAAACCAUUGAUUUUUUCAGAAGCAAACGGCAACAAGUGUAUUUUCUUAUACUGUCUCCUCGAAUCCACCAACGUGCUCAAGGAAAAUCCUAGAUAGAAAGAGAUGUGUUCCAAUGAAAUCUGUUAUAUGUAUGUGUACGGCUGCAUCUUUAUCACAAUGUGCUCUGCAGCAUCGUAAACGGCAUGCACCGAUUGCCAUUAUUCUCAUUAACUGAUUGGCAUUCCUGAUCACCAACGACUGAGAAUCUCGUCGAAAAAUCUCCAAAUCCCUCGUCUGUGGUAAUUUUUUAUACUUUAUUUAUAUUGUGUAGUUAAUAAAUAUCGAUAUUCCAUGUCCACGUUGUGUUCGCGCUUACUAGAAAAAUGGAAUUAAAAAGCAACUUAGGGAAUCGUGAUUCUUAUUCGUUAUUCUUUCUUUUUUUCUUCAAUGAAACACCCGAAGAAACGUUUCGCCUACUCUUCAGGUAUUCCAUUCAAUUGUCGGGAUAUUUCUUCAGGAAUGUCAAAACAAUGCGCACAUAUACAUACCACUUUGUAACAUAAUGUAACAUUAAAGGUUUAUACGAUAUAACCGGCAAGAUAAUAUAACCGAUAGUCUAAAUAUUAUUUCCAGAUUAUAUAUUAAAUAUAUAUAAUAUUAUAUUCUUUUUUAUGUCAGUCAUUUGUAAUACCUUUUGUCACCUGUAGAUGUAAACUCUAAACUCUGGCCUGUACAAAAAAGCCAAAUUCUACCCUCUAUCUCGUUCUUUUUCUUCGUCUUUUAUUUUCUACCGUUUAUUUCUCUCUUCUUCUUUUUUUUAAAUAAAACAUGUAGUUUGUGUUUAAGGAGUACAUUGUUGUUUCUUUCUGAGAGACGUGUGGACGUUUUGGGAAGGCUUAAAGUUAAUCAUCAACUGUAAGCUUGACUUAAGAUGAUCCACACACGCGUUUCAACGCGAAUUUCUUUUUUUUUACGCCCGAGAAGCUUAAUCUUUCAACCGUGCAGGUUCGAUUAUGGUUCGUUGAUGUAUAAACAACAACACACAAUCGCUUGUACCGAUUUCUGACUAUAAUAAUAGUCACGCUCGAUGAACCAGCGAUCAAACAAAGAAAAAAUCACGUUGGCGCGCGUAACAAACAGCAAUUAUCCUGUAACAUAAUUCUGUAUUGUUACGCUGCUUCUAAGCGAGUCAGUCGAUUAAGCCAUUGUUAUUGCCAAGGUCUGUCAAGGUAUUUCAAUGAUACCUCAUGGAUAGUGACCAAAAUUCGUUUAGUUCGUAUUAUGGAGUCGAAUGAAAAUUGAUGGUAUUUAGAGAACGUAGUUUUAGAGCGUAGAACUUUACAAAGAAUCUCCAGGCACAUUUUGAUGCACCCCUGCAUUAUCGAUUCUUUUUUGUUGUAUGAGAGUCGCGAUUUAGUUGUACCAUACAAAUCUAGUAAUUUUAUCGAGAAUCGAGAUAAACAUCUAGGUAUUGUAAAUUAGGUGGAUCGAGAUCGAAGGAACACAAUGCGCAUGCCAUAUGAAAUCGGUGCAUCCGGCUGAGCAUAUCCCGCCCUUCGAAAGUGAGACUAAGCGAAUGAAAGUAUAUCGAAAUCAAUAUAAUUCUCUAUUUUCCGUGGUUCUGAGUUUGGUGUUGCUUUUGAAUUUAGGGAUGUCGAAUCUGAUGACGAUAAUAAUUGAUAACACCUACGGUACCUUAAGAAAUACACCGAUAGUCACUUAAUUGUACACGCUCGUAGAUAUUUAUUAAUAUUUUUUUAAGUAGAUCGUUUUAGUUUAAAUAGGUUUAAGUAUUCGCAUUAUUAUAACGGAAUGUAUAUAUAUAUUAUAUAUUUACAUUAAUAACAUGAUUAUUUCAGUAUUGUACUGUGUCUAACACCGAUGUAUUUUACUACUUGCUAAAUAUACUGUAUUGGGUGCCUUUUGUAGCGAAGUUAAA